AUGGACCUCGAAGAAGAAACAGCUUCAACCCUCAAACGCAAACCCACUCUCCAAUCCCUCCACGAUGCCACCUCCCUCGCGGAACUGGGCCAUGUCGAAGCGCUCACAAGGAAGUUUGGACUAUGGUCUAUGCUCGCGUUGGCGUUUUGCGUGUUGGGGACAUGGUCCACCUUCGCCCAAGGCCUCGCCUCAGGCCUCCAAAACGGCGGCCCCAUCUCCAUCCUCUGGGGCCUGUGCCUCGUCUUCGCCUGCAACAUCUGCGUCGCGCUCUCCCUCGGCGAACUCACAUCCGCCAUGCCCACCGCGCUCGGACAGGCGUACUGGGUGCAUCGACUGGUCGACACGCCGACGGGGAGGUUCGCGAGUUAUAUGUGUGCCUGGAUUAACACGUUCGGGUGGUGGACGCUCACGGCGAGUCAGAUUGGGUUCAUGACGAAUUUCUUGCUGGGCAUGAAGAGGAUGUUUGAGCCUGAGUGGGCCGGGGCGGACGAGGGGUGGGUGCAGUUUUUGGUGUAUCUUGGGAUUACGAUGCUCUUCACCGUGGCGAAUCUGGUGGCGUGUAGGCGGGAUAAGAUCCUGCCGUGGUUUAACGGGUUCGUGGGCGUGUGGUUCGUGGGGUUGUUCUUUGUGUUCAUCCUCGCGUUGGUGAUCUGUGUGGGCACCAAGAGGGGGUUGACGUAUCAGCCUGCGUCGUUUGUGUUUGGGGAGUGGAUUCGAGGGCCGGAUGUGAGCUGGCCGGAUGGGGUGGUGUGGUUUACCGGGUUGGUGCAGGCGGCGUAUGGGCUGACGGCGUUCGACUCGGUCAUUCAUAUGAUUGAGGAGAUUCCCGCUCCGAGGAGGAAUGGCCCGAGGGUGAUCUGGCUUGCGGUGGUGUGUGGUGCGGUGACGGGGUUCAUCUUCAUGGUGAUGUGUCUGUUCUGCAUACAGGAUUUGGAGGGCCUGCUUAAUGCGGACUUGCCUUUCAUCGAGCUGGUGCAGCAGACGGUUGGGCUGGAGGGUGGAGCCGCGCUGAUUGCGCUCUUCGAGUUCAACGGGCUGGGCCAGGGCGUGAGUAUUGCCACGACGGCAAGUCGCCUCACAUGGGGUUUCGCGAGAGACGGCGGUCUUCCUUGGAGUCGAUACUUCUCCCACGUGGACCCGACAUGGAAAGUCCCCGCGAGAGCCCUCUGGCUGCAGGGAUUCUUGAUCGCCUUGGUGGGCAUCUUGUACCUCUUUGCCAACACGGUGCUGCAAGCUAUCCUCAGCGUGAGCACCAUCGCGCUGACAGUCUCCUACGGGAUGCCCAUCGUCACCCUGCUCAUCGCUGGAAGAGACAAGCUACCGCGCGGUGGACAAUUUCAAUUGGGGAGGUUGGGGCCGGUGAUCAACUGGGUCAGCGUGGUCUACUGCGCGGUCACGACAGUGUUCUUCUUCUUCCCAUCAGGGCCAAAUCCUUCACCAGCGGAUAUGAACUACGCCAUUGCGGUCUUUGGCGUGAUGCUGGUUAUCGCCGUGGGCUUCUGGUUCACUAAUGGCAGGAAGACUUUCCUCCAGACGGACGACUCGGCUAUGAGGUUGGAGUUGGCGAGGAGGUUGGAGUUAGAUACCCAUGAGGUGCUCACCAAAUGA